CGCCAGGCGCUCUGAACACUCCACGCAAGUCAGGCGUUCAGGCGUGAGGUGUGACUGAAAAAUCAACGGAAUAAAAAUGUACCGAUUCAGACGAUCAAACAUGUAUCCCAUGAUGCACACUGGCAUGGGCAUGGCUCCAUUCUUUAAGGUGACCGUGUUCGAGCAGGAGCACUUCCAGGGCAAGUUUCAGGAGUUCACUUCAGAGUGCUGCAACAUCCAGAAGUGCGGCUUCGACAACAUCCGCUCCAUCCGCGUGGAGAGUGGCGCCUGGGUGGGUUAUGAACAUCAUGAUUUCCAGGGACAGCAGUUUGUCCUGGAGAGAGGAGAGUACCCUCACUGGGACUCCUACUGCGGAAACCUGGCCUACCAUGUCGAGAGAUUUAUGUCCUUCAGGCCCAUCUACUGCGCAGCGCACCAGAGCAGCCGCAUGAUGAUCUAUGAAAAGGAGAACUUCAUGGGUCGCUGUACGGAGUUGUGUGAUGACUACCCUUCACUGCAGGCUAUGGGCUGGUGCGGCAUCCAAAUAGGCUCCAUGCAUGUCCAGUGUGGCGCUUUUGUGUGUUAUGAGUUCCCGGGCUACAGAGGUAAGCAGUACAUCAUGGAGUGUGAGAAGCACAGCGGAGAUUACCAGCACUGGAAGAACUGGGGCUCUCACAGUCAGACCCCUCAGAUCCAGUCCAUCCGUAGGGUCCAGCAUUAAUGCCUCAGCGUAAUACCCCACACACUGCUGCGCACACAGCCGCUCACCACACACACCCUGAACACACUAUUACACACUCCUUGUUAACAGCGGGAAGACACUGCUGUACCACACACACUGUACAUCCAUCCUGUUCUAUGCAGUUUCUUGUCAGGUGCUAAACAAUGCCUCCUGUGGUGCUCUACCCGUGUUCAUCAUAGAUGGCAUGGCCACGCUCCAUGAGGUGAUUGGUCCAAAGCAGCUCAGGUGAAAUAUGUAGCAGUUACCACUACACCACCGUGCCGCCCAUUGUGAACCAAUAAACGCAUAAUAAACACAUGUUCACGUCACGAU